UUUCAGGUUUUGACUGCAUUAGCAUUGUGCUGCAAAAUGUAAAUAGUAAGCAUAUGUAAAGAAAUGUUUUUAGUUGGGAACAUAAAAGAUAACAUAAAAUCCAUUGGUCAUGGAUUUUGCAGGUUGCAAAAUGUGUAGCAUGCCUUAAAUAUCUCUUUUGGCCUUAGAAAAAGUUUUUGAAAAGAACUUUUAAAAUCCUGUUGCCUUUUGAGUAAGAUGAACCACUGCUGAAAAGUGGUUACAUUAAAGUUCUGAACGGCAAUUUUGGAAAGGCGAACAAAUUGAUUUCUAAAGGACGCUGCAUCUUUCUCGUCUAAAUGAGACCUGAAAUUAGGAAUGAGUCAGGUGAACAACUCCUAAAAUAAUCUGGGAAGCCUGUUGAGAACCUGGUACCACUGUUAGAAAGAACUGAAAUGGAGAAUGAAAAAAAUGCAUGAUUUUUAUUGAGAAAAUAGAUUGUGUUUAGGUUCUUGGGUGUGAAAGUAGUCCAGUGGGGUCACACUUGCAGACGUUCAUGGAACGAAACAGUACUGAUAAGCAUGAUGAUUUUGCGCCCUUUCGUUAUAUCAAAGUCCUUUAUAACACUUGUUGUUUGUGACGUAUUGCUAGUUGGCUGGAAAUUCCUAGGAUGCAAGGAGAGCUUUUAUGGAACACCGAUCUGCUGCAUUUUGUGAUUAUACUUCAUGUAAUGAUAGGUACCCUCUCAAAGAAGGCAGCAAAGCUCUGGAAAGUCUACUCACUUUUUACGUGUCAACUUCUAACUGUCUGGAAGAAAUAGCACAAUCUUCUAUUCGUAAUAACAUUUGAUGAUGUGUGAAAGGCAGUAACAGCUGGUCCCAAGGAUCGCUGCAACACCACAUGACUAUCUCCUGUCACCUCCAUAACUGAGUCUACUCCUCGGUUUGCAGUGAUUAGUGAAAGAGUUUGAAUUUGAGGACAAGCAGGCCAUUUGCAACCAGGGGGAACUGAGGCUAGUUCAGAUGCUUUCGUAGAGGAGAGUGAAAUGCACGUAGAUUGGAAAGAGAAUGCAAUUGGAAAGAAGGCCUUUUACUAUUCAAGUAGGUUUGAAAACAAGUGACGUUCAUUUCAUAGGCAGUGCUGGCUGUUUCUUUUCAGACUGACUAGUUUUUUGAGAUGACAUGGGUGUUUGUGUCUUUUUCACAACACCCUUUUCCAGGUCGAGUUUAUUGCCUUCCUUUUUUAAACCAACCCAAUAGUCUUAAGUGGCUCUCAGCUUCCCUUCAGUUUCCUGUCUGAUGAGUACCAUGUUCAUGUUCCUAUGUAGCAGUACAUGGGCAAUUUCUGAUCUCCACUGAUCAGUAGGUUAAGGAACAGGGGAGCAACAAUGUUAAACCCUAGCAAGUAUUAAAGGGAGGAUAGAAAAGAAGCAUAGUUGUUAGAAUGAUUGCCAACUUGCCUUUCAAAUUUCGGGAAAUAAAAGCACAGUUCCCUUAAAUUGUGCUUGUCUGUUAGCAGCAACUUAAGAAUCUGUAUUCUGGAUAGGAUUUAUAUGUAUAACCAUCUGGUUUAGUGGCUAGAUGGCAGAUUAGGUCUCCUAUCUAUGAUGUAAUUCUUCCAAAUUAGGGGACAAUGUAGAUCCUCUGUAUUUUUAAACAUGGUUUCAUCCUGUAGCGCAGACAAGAGGAAACCGGCUUCUGUAACCUUGAGCCGUUGCAGGGCUGUACCAGGAGGACUGGUGCACAAAUUUCUUCUUGUUAAACAGUGCCUUAAGUCCAGGCACUAUGAUUCCUGCCAGGCCUGGAGAAAAUACAAGCGUGGAAGAGAUUUGAACUUGAUUUUCAAUCAAUGAAGAAGGGUAAGCAUCGUACUCCAGUUGGAACUAUGUUGCUGUGACUUCUGUAAACACAGUUCCCAUUCGGCUCAUUCCUAUCUGAUACUACGUAGAUCUAGUUAGGUGUAAAGUAUUCUGGAAAAGCAGCUACAGACUACUGGGUCUUGGCAGGAGGAGAACUAAGCCUGGCUAACAGGAAGCUCUUUGGGAGGCUGCAAGUGAAUGCAUAAUGCUAGAAGUCUUUCUUUUCCAGGUUUUCUGUUGAGAAUGAAGACUGUCCUCUUUGAUCGUUCCUGCUCUGCCAGACAUGAUUGCUGAGAAGUGGGAAAAGAGUAAUGUCCAUAAUACUUUCAGGGUUGAGGCUGAUGGGUUGGAGACAAGAUUUAUAAGGAGAGUUCCCAAAGCCUUUGGAAAACUGUGGAAGCUGUGAUGAGGAAUGGGCACGCUCUGUUGUUUAUAUUUCUUUUUAUUUUUCUUCAGAGCAAAGAAACUUUCAGAAGAAUGUAAAUGUUGAUCUGUUUUUGGGUGCUAGAAGUCGAGUAGACGUUUCUCAUCACUGGCUUGAGCCUGCUGCAUUCAGUGUAACUCGCAGCCAGAGAACAGAACAAGGCUGGCUGUGUACCACGCCUCUGUCAGCUGGGAAGAGAAAUCCCAGUCUGAUACAGACUAAUCUUUCCUGCCCUUCUCAGCCACUCCGGGACACCACCAGCCAGCUCUCCAAUUCCUGCUUCCAGCAGCAGAAUAAUCUCUGCUCGAGGCUGCAGCAGCACAGCUUUAAGGAUUUGGCUUCUAGGACUCGCCAUCUUGCUUUGUCAGUGGAUCUCCCUCGGAGACGCUCUUGCCUUGAUGCUGAUUGUUUAGAAGGAAGAGGGAAUGAGAGUGUUGGCCUCCCCCAGCAAUACCAUCAGAAAGCAAAGGAAGGUGGUAGCUGCUCCAUACGUUCUACUUGCCGUUGUGCAGAAAGAAGGAACAAGAAUAGUGAGUAUCCAGUGGAAAAGCAACAGCGCCGGUCUGUUGCUGCUUGUAUGGCUCAUGGGAACCCUUCGCUAGUCAAUACGCAUUUGCCAUCUCAUACUGUAGAUCCCCUUCUUGGGAAUGAAUCAGCAGAGUGUCUCUCUUUAAGCAGCUCCAGUGAAAGUGUGAACUCUUGUUGUCGUGGUUCAGCCCUGACCUUGGGAGAUCUCAGUCCAUCUAGUCUGGUGGAGUCUUUUCAUAGCUCUACCUCCCUUCGGUCUCUUUUGCAGUCCUCACAGACUUCUGCCAGCUUGCACUGUUCAAUCCAGAGGCUUAAACAAGAAACUGUUUGGAUGGGGAUAUGGGGCUCUCUCCCUCUGGAGCCCACAUCUUCUCCAGUGAGUGGCAGUUUGUGCUUUGCUCCUAAUGAUUCAGCUCCUGGUGUCCUGAGCACAGGAGAGCAGCUAGCUGGAGUAAGUACCAGUGCAGCUCAGGCAAGAUUGAAAUGGGGUGUCCCGUUUGCUAAAGACUGGAGCCUCAGUGCAGUGACAAGGGACUUCUGUCAUGCUGAACCUGCCUCUGUCUCUCACAGAUACGGACAUACCGAUUCACACACAUGGAGAACCAAACUUUCAGGAGACAUCCAGCAAGAAACCCUCUCUGCUGCGGUGGGCUCUGGCUGGCUGGUAGAUACAGAAGCAGGUUCUUCCUAUAAUUGCUCCCCUUAUUUCAGGUAUCAGUCCCAGGCAAAGCCAGCUCUGGAAACUGGAGGUCUUUAUGUUCACACAAAAAGUCAUUCCCCUGCAAAGGUACUUAAAGGAGAAAAGACAUUUGAUGGGGCACCCCCAUGUGCUGCUAUAUCUUGGAAAAAAGACCUUCUGUCCAGCCUACAUCCAGAUGGUCUGCAGGUGUCACUGGAGGCGCAAUAUGAGGGUGCUCAGGUGAAUGUUGGUGUAGCCAUGUAUGGGACUCCGAGGGAAGUAUGCAUGAGAGUCACUUCUCCUUCUGGAGAUAAAGAGUUUGGGUCGAUCCGGCAGCUUAGUAUUAAAUCCAUAGAAAUCAGCACCUCUGAACCUCAUAGUGAGUCCAGCAAAGAGUCAGAAGAGAUGCGUGACUCUAAAUUGCAAAGAGCCGGAAGAAAGUCCAGCCCUUUCAGUACUCAAGUUGAAACAGGCUUUGGUGAAUUUUCUGACAUAGAUGGUGUGAAUGUGAGCGGAGGAGAGAGAAACAAACACUCCUGCCAGAACAACUGGAGGAGUUGGGAACCUGACACCAAUCUGGACCAAUCUGAAGAGCCUUCUGUGGAGAGGAGUGCCAACAAACCACAGCGUUGUGAAGAAAGCAGCCGCAUGCAGAAAACUGUGUCUAGAGAGGUGAGGGUGUGCUCACUGCAUAGCAUCCCUGUACGCAGAUUCUACUUGUGCUGGUAUCCGUGUCUUGCUAGAGGUGCAGAGUUGAGGUACAGCAGUAAUGGGGAUGCUUGCCCUAUAAUCUUCUGUCACUGAAUGGCCAGAAUCAUAUCUCCUGUGGUCCUGCUCCAUCCCAAUGCAUGCAUCUUUCUCUCUCGCAUGCUGCUUCUCAAAGACCAGCAUGUUCACUAGGCAUUUACAUUCCCAAGAUCUACAUGCAUAAGGGAAGCAUUAAACUAAUUUUAACUGUGAAUAGUUGCAGGGCCAUGAGAUUCCAGUUUUGUGGUGCUUUUCCGUGUCUGAAGUAUGUAAGACCAUUCACAGAGCAAGGGGGAGCGGGGGGCAGAGUCAAAGGCACCCAACAUAAUAUCCAACCUGAGGUGGGACUGUUUUGAUCUCCAGCCAGAACGACUUGCCGUGCUGGGCACAAACAGAUUCUUCGUCAGGGUAGUGUGAGUUGUCAUGUGAGUUUCUAUCUUCUCUUUGCAGAUCUCAGAGAACAGCUUCUGGUCUUUGAAGGUGAAUGAGCAAAGUUUCCAGAGCCUGUGUGACAGACAAACGCUGACCAGGUGUUUCCAAGCUUGGAAGAGCCACAUCCUCUGCAAAAAGGCUGCAGCCAGGCAGCUUUACAGACAGCAACUACUUCGGAAGGGCCUUGGUGCUUUGCAGUGGGCUGUGCACCUGAGGAGGAUGCAGCUGGAGAUAGCCCAGCGGAAACACACCUUGGCUCUACUAGCUGUCAGCUUCUGCAGGGUGAGGAUGGGCUGGGGACAGUAGAAGAGAAGCCAUCAGUAUUCUGUUGUGCAGUCAGAAAGGCGAAGAUGUUGUUUGGAUAGGAAGGAGGGAGGGGUACGCUGUGUGAAAUUUAGUGAUGUGGACCCUGGUGCCAGUGUCCUUCGUGCAGUUUGUUCUAACUGUGUGGUCUCUCCUUCAGUGGAAGGAAGCUGUGGCAAGACAGAGCAAGAAGCAAACUCUACAACCUGAGCCGUAUUCUUAUGCCCAAAGUUCAUCAGUGGAUUUUUUUGAAGUAGGAAGAUUAGCAACUGUGACAACAUCAGCUAAGCACCAGCUUACAGUAGGAUGCUUGAAGGAAGCUGAGCAGGCUUGUAGGUAAGCUGAGAGCAUUCUCUUUUUGCUGUCUUGGGCAAACAGAGGGUUACAGAGACAGGGAGAAGAUUUUCUCAGAUGGUGGGAACACAUGUUUCCAGUUCUGUGGAUAUAGUGUUACAGAUAACCACUGCCAGAUUUAGUAACUUGCAGCCUUUGAGAACUGAACAAUCCUGUUUCAGAGCUUCUGUGCACUACUGGUUUCAGUUUGAUUUGAGUGACUGACAGAAAUACUCCUGUACUAUUUCUUGAAUUCAGCUAUCGUCUGUAUGUGGGAAACAAGUGUAAAUGAGAUUGGAAGGAGGCAGUACUACAGUCUCUAGCAGGACAGUGGGUGUGUCAAAGGAAAAGAUCUUUUGGUUCUGAAGGCAGAAGAACAAGUCCAGACAAAAAGAGACAGCUAGGGAGAAGGAGGUUCUGGAUUCUGUUCUGCGAGUGAUCCUUGGGCAGAUGGAGGUUGAAGCAUGCCUGUGACUCUUUCAGGGUGCAAGGAGAACUGUGGACACAGCUACAUCGCAGGCAGAUGGGAGAUGAGUUCUGUUGGAGAGCUCAAGCAAUCAGGGAUGUGAGACGGCUAGCUGGUAAGCACAUGCUCCGCAAACUUGGAACAGCCUGGUGGAAUCACUGUUUCACCAUAAUUCUUGAUUAGUGUCUAGUUUUUGCUCUUUUGGAACCUGAUGCUGCAAAGUGGUGGGCAGUAUCUGUGAUGGUGGAGAGUGGCUUACCUUCUGUGUAAGGCACUUUUUUGCCUUGCUCCUUAUAUGCAUGCAGAUGCUGUUGCUCCAGUAACAUGAGCUGUCUCCCUUAAAAGCCCUUUCUCUGACAUUUGGAGUUCAGUCAAGGGUGUUUGCUGUAUGACACUAAGUUGUUUGAAGUUCUUCUAAGUUAUUUCUCUUCCUGUCAUUCUCUUCAUGCCCUGCAACACAGCAGCUUUCAGAUUGUGGCGCCUCCAGAAGGAGCUACUGAGCAAAGAGGAAGCCAGGUUGGAGGAAGCCCGAGCCCUGCUGAAAAAAAAGCAGCUGCGAAACACUUUCCAGGUGUGGCGUUCUCGGUGCUUGGAAAUGGAACAGCUUUUAGCAGUGGCAACUCGGAUCCAAAGAAACUUGGUUUCUCGGUGCUUUAAUGCAUGGAAGGAGACUGUUGAGCAGAAGGCACUUCACAGGUGUAACGUGGCCCACCUCAGAGCAGGCUUGCUGAGGAAAUACUUUCAGCAGUGGAUUUGGAUGCUGCGGGUCAGGGAGGACGAUAAGCAGAAGAUAGUGAACCUCUUCAUCCUGAGGUGGAGGCAGUAUUAUGGUGAGCAGCUCAGGGUCUGAGCAGAACAUAAGAUUUGGGUUUGCUUAGGCUUCUUGCCUCUUUCGCCUCUUGUAUGAUGAAUUGAAAAACGGCUGAACAGAGAGGUUCAGAUGAUACAUGGUACUAACCAACCAGAGGGGGCAGAAGGCCAAGCGUUCUGGAUGUAUCAGUGAAGCUACAGGCAGGUUUGUCGCUCUGUUUCAUAAACCUAGCAGAAAGCCUUUAAAACCUUGAAAGGAAGCUGUUCUGGGGCUGGGCUGGGUGGAGUUUCUGAGGAAUUCCUCUUGACAAAUGUUGUUUCUUGUCACUCCCUGUGACUGGUUAAGGGCCAACGAUAAGCUCAGUAGCUGACCAGGCUGAGACAAAGAGACAUGAAGCUCAGUCAUGGUGGACUGUAAUGAGACGGUUUCCUGAGAAAGCAUGCUACUCUUUUGAUGACCUCUGCCAAAAAGUGACACUCCAGAGGGUAUUUCUGCUGUGGAAAGCGAGGUUCUGCGAGCACCAGAGAGCUGAUUCUUUCUCUCAGGCUUUGGAGCAGCGCCGGCUGAGAGAAGCUCUGCGAUUGUGGCACCAAAUGUUUCUCACGCUGAAGACUGUUAAACGAAGUCCUAAGCACUCUCACAAGGUUGUCCAUAAAGAUCCCCUCGCCUUGCUAGUUUCUGAGGACCUCUCAACGUCUUCUGGCUUCCACAGCAAUGCUCCAGCUACUCUUGCCUCUCAAAGCUCAUUGGAAAAGGAAUACAGUCUUAGCAGCAGUCAGCAGAGCUUUUCUUCCAUUCUGACUGCUGAGGAUGUCACACAAAUGCCCUAUUACAGUUCUUUGCUGCAACUACACCAACGCACAGAGCUGCCAGCUGAGCUGGGUGGGGAGCUCUACUUGCAAGCCUCCCUUCCUCCACAGAGUCCUGGAUCGGGAGAAAAUUGGUUUGUGGGAGGUCAGUUCCAGUCUUUGGCACUGCAUACUCCAGGCAGUAAUGUCCGGCCUCUUGCCAGUUACUCUGCAUGGGAAGAGGACUGCAGUUCUGACAAGGAGGUGAAGCGUUGCUGGCACCAAGCGGAGAAAUGCUGCCUGCAGAGGUUCUUCUUCGUCUGGUCAGCUCGAACUCAGCAGCUUGUGAAGGCCCAGCAGUACUGCAGGCUCAUUCAGCUCUCUCGACCCUUUCUCAGCUGGCACCACUGGGUUGUGGAGAAUAAGAACCGAAAAGCAGCAGCAUCCCUAAAGCAUCACAUUCGCUGCUGCCAGAUGGCUUUCCAGCUGUGGAAGAAGAGGCUGUCGCAGAAAGUGGAAGCUGACCGGAGAUUCAAGUGUCACGUCCACCAGACAGCUGCUGACACUUUGUCGCGCUGGCAUUUCUGCUGGCAAAGGAAUCAUGCCAUGAGAGAGCUGCAGCAGCAAUGGGCUCAGCACAGCUGCCAGGAGAAGAAGAGGUUGGUCAUGCGGACAUGGUCUUGCCAAACAAGGAAGCAGAGAAAAGCUGCUUUAUUCUGGGAACGUCUUCUACGGCACAGAUGCCUAAUCACCUGGUCCCACAUCACUGCCUAUAGGCAGAGGCAGCGUGAAGCCCUUUGCUGUUUGGAAAGUGCCAGAGAGCGCCGUCUCCUAGCAGUGACCUUUGCCCACUGGAGAGUGGAAUUCUUGAGAGCUAAACAGCAGUUGCUGGGAGAGGGAAGCCACAAGCAGCAGGCACGCUGUCAGGCUAAAGCCUGUCACCGCUGGCGAUUGGCCUCAAGGGGACAGCAAGCCCUGCGCCUAGGUUCUGUGGCCACCAUGGAACAGGCCUGCAACUACUGGACAAAAGCAGCUGCCUUUUCCCAGUGCUCGCGGCAAUGCAGUACCCUGAUAGGCGCUAGGAAGAGCAGGAAGAUGUCUCUGUCUUGGUCUAUCAAGAGGAGAGGAUGCAGAGAAAAAGGUUCACCACUAGCACCAGCUGCCCCCUUUGGGCUUUUUCCCAGCGCCAUUCACCGCUGGCUGAUGAUCUACAGAAACCAAAGCCGGGCGGAAAGGCUGCCACUCCAUCAGCUGGUGGACAGACCUGGUGUGAUGGGAUUCACUCCUGCACAUGCCGGGAUCCAGAGCAACUCUGAGGUGGGCUCUGAGGAGCCGGAUGAGAAGUGGCUUGGGAGGAAGUAUCUGAGGCGGUGGCAUCACGCAGUGAUGCUGCGCCAGUGCCAGCGUGGCAGGAAGCUGCGCCGCCUGGCAGGGGGAUGGCAGCAAUGGAAGGAGGCCAGCAGGGUAAUGCUGCUGGCAAAGGUGUUGGACCAGCAGCGGCUGAUGGAAAAGGCCUGGAGGAUGUGGAGACGACAACACUUGCAAAGCUGUGUGGUGCAGAAUGUUUUGGAGGAGGAAGCCAGGAGACUACUCAUCCACGCCUUUGGAAGGUGGCGCCAGCUAACAACAUUCCAGCUUGAGAACAAAGGACACUGCUGAGUGGUGGAGGCCUGCCUGCAGCUGAUCAUUUCAGGACAUGUGGAGGAUACAGCCAGCUUCCACAACAAAGAGUUGGUCCUGUGAAAUCAAGAGAGCAGGGAACAUUGCUCGCAUGAUAAAAGCAAUGCCGCAGGCCAGAAGCACGAUAGCCAAAGGACAACCAGCAAGAGAUGGUACCUCAUGAAAGGUUCUCUUUAAAGGCCUGGUGGUAUCCUACCUCCCUACAGCCACAAACUUGAAACUUAUUCCCUUUUGUUAUGUGGUUGCAUUCCUUUCUCAUUUUGACCCUGAUUUUGUUGAUUGGAACUCUGAUUAAAGGUCAAACCACUUUACAGGUUCUCCCUUUACUCAGUGUUUCUUCCUGGACAAGAGCUUAGUGUAAGUGCAGGGGAGGUGGCAAACGAUUAAGCCUUAAAGAAAUGAGCAAGAGCUUUCCUAUGCAACCCCUCCAUCCUAUUGAUUCCAAAGUCUCGUGUGAACAUAGGCCUUUACUUUUAGAUUUGCUUCUUCCUUUUGGGGGGGAAAACCCGUAUGGCCCAUAUCUCCUCCCCCUGUACAGGGCCAUCAGCUCUUCAUUAAGGUUUUCAGUGGGUGGCCAGCCUCUGAUUGCUUCCUGCUGGUUCAUUUCUGUGCUGAAUGGACUGGGGAUGAAGAAACCUGCUGGGAACAGCUGAGCGCGAAAAGCUUUGCUGAGGCAAGACAGGCGUGUCUGACCCCCAACCCUCCUAUUACUUACUCCUGUGAUUGAUGCCCUAUAAUUACCCUUGGUAUAUGAGCCCAGUCUCAGACAGCUAUAAUGAGAGGGUCUGAAGAAUCUGGAAAGGGUUUUUCUUCCUUGCUUGUUUGAAAGAGAUGCUAGCAGCUUGGCAGGGAUCUUGAAAUCCCACUGGGAACUGGCCCAAGGCAGUGUUUUUCCUAGCCUGUGGUAGAUUGGUGGGAUUGUUUAGUACAGUUGUACUAAAGCAGCCUCCUA